GAACAAGUUAGGCUCCGAAAAUGCUCCAAAAAUUAGAAGAAGAAGAAGACCUGAUUUAACAUGGCGGCAAAAAAGUGUGUAAACAGCGAUCUUGUUAGUGUCGAACGGGUUGUUAACAGAUGGAUUGUAGAUUAUAAUUUAUCUCUGGCGCUGGAAUUAUUCAAAAAACAACAAUUCGAGGACUUUAAUGAAGUCAGGAACGUGCUGAGUGUUGUCAUGAAGCGCCCUGUAGAGGCCACCAGUGACAUGCCCUUGAAGAUCAGAAUGCUACAGUUCCUUGGACGGAUAAAUGAAGGGGAAAACCUCGAAUUAAUCUAUGAUCCUGGGACACCAGUGACCCCAUUGGAAUCAGCUCUGUUGCUGCUAGAGAACAUAAUGGAAGCUUUUGGCAUCCCACAGCAAGAUUGGGAGGACGCCUCAAACUCUCUCAAAGUGAUGAUUGUAGCAACAUUCAUAAAAAAUGGGAACUUUGACAAAGCAGCACAGAUGCUCAACAAAUACUUUCCGAAGCCAGUUGGUCGAGUGAGAAAUAUUUUAGAGGGUCUCAUCAGACAGAAGAAUAAAACCUCCAACAGUUUCAGCUUCCAGUUGUUCAAGCAAGAAAUGCUGGCCUUUGUCCAACGGCUUUGCUACUUCGAUGUUCCCUUUUCCUACAGGGCUGCACAAGAGCUGCUCACCAUGAGGUUGGAAGUAGAUGGAGAUGACGACGCAGAGGAAAUCGAGCAGGAAGUAACCAAUGCAACCCCCAGCCCACAAAAGAAUCCCGUUCCUUUCCAACCAUGCAAACAUCUAAUUAUCCUGAGAUCCAGAUUAGAAUCAGUUUACAAUGCCCUUUCAGAAGAUGAAAAAACAUUUGCCCAGUUGGAGCAAGAAGUGGAAACAGAGAUCCAGGACAGAGACGGGCUUCAUCUUGAACAUUCAUCAGAUUCUGAGACACUGGAUGAUUUGAAUGCUGAGCGGGCAGAUCUGCCUCAAAGAAACGUAUGCAGCCCUAUGGAAGCAUCCCCAGCAGAGCAGCCUCCACAAACAGACGAUGGCCCUCAAAUACAAGCCAGGUCGCUGUCAAAGGAACACUACACCGUGGCACGGCUGGUGACUGAACCCGACAGUCAGUCGAGCUCGCAGUACACGACGGGGCUGGAAGAGCUUGAAACUGAGGCGGGAACAGAGAAGCCACCACAAGUGCCAGAUGGCUCCAGCGAAAAAGAGCUGCAGUGCCCCGUUUCUGAUGGUGAAACUGCCAUCCCCACACCAAAACGCCCCAGGCGAAGCAAAAAAACUGCUGCAAGAGCUGCAGCCAGUGUGCUGGAGACCUCCUCCGACAGUGAAGAUAACUCAGUUGAGAAAAGAAAGGAAAUGCAAGAAGAAACUCCUCCGUGUCAGUCUAACAAAUCCAAAUCCAGAAACUCUGGGACAUCAAAACGCCAUUCAUCUGGCCUUCAGGAUGAUUACAUCACACCAGUUAAGAGGCCAGUUAGACAACCUUCCACUGGUUCUUCAAAGAAGAAAAGCAGCAGCACCGGCCGUAGCAUCAGCCCUGAAAGUGUCGGGGAGUCCCCCAUCACAGAGUCUUGCUUGGACAGCCCCUCCGGCCCAUGCCAUCAGCAUCCUGUCCCUCAAAAGAGCUCCACCCCAGAACAGGCUUUCCCUAACACUAAAUGGAAAUCCCUGUUCAGAACAGCUAAAGAGAGUAAGGUCACAUGGAACAACGAGGAGAUGGAGUUCCUUCUAAAGGACACCAAAGGGUCAAACGAAAGCAUCAAGUCAAACUCAGGCCAUAAGAGGAAGUGGACUGACCAAGAGACAGAAAUGUUGAAGGAGGGGGUGAAGACAUUCGGAGAGGGCAACUGGAGUAAGAUCAAAAGUUAUUACGAUUUCAAAGACAGAACAAAUGUUAACCUGAAGGAUCGCUGGAGGACGAUGAAAAAUCUGAAAAUGGUUUAAAUAUGCUAUAGCUCUAGUUUUGUUUUUUUCAUUUCUCUACAUUGUUUUCUGUACAUAUCAAAAAAGACUGUCCUGACCUGAACAAAGUUCAUUAAAUCUUGUGGUCAAAGAG